GAGAGAAGCAUUGCCGGUCACUGAUCUCUCCCAAAAGUCAAAACUUUCUCUCUUCAUCCCAAAAAACACGCAAAUUGCUUUCUCUCCUUUUCCGUCGAUCAAUUGAAAAGAAAAAGGAUAGGAAAAAAAACUAAAAAGGAGAAAUUUACAGAUCCAAACCCUGAUUUUUUCGCGCUCUCUCCACUCACACACUUCCUUCGAUCCAGAUCGAAAAGAUUGAUCGUGUUUGAUCUCGGGAAUUACUGGAGAGAAGUUCUGGUGGCCGUGAUAUUGCUGUGAUUAUGGAGCAUUUGGGAUAAGAUGUAUGGGAAUUGAUUAGCAGAUUCAAAAUUUUGAGUUCUUGAGCAGUGAGUUUCUUGGAGAGGCAGCUAGAGCUAAACUGUUUUAAAGAGUAUUCUGUAUAUACUCAUCUUUGAAUUUGUGUAGAAAUGAGCUUAAAAAAUGAAGAACAACCUUCAUUAGGUCCGCCUGUCGAUGCCAGCAAGGAAUUUCGAAAGAAAUAUAGAAUUUCAUAUACCAGAGAAUUUUUGCUAUCAUUGAGUGAGCUGGAUGUUUGCAAAAAGUUACCCCCAGGAUUCGAUAAAUCAAUUUUGAGUGACUUUGAGGAUACAUCACAAGAUCGGCAAAGAAUUCCUGGCACCUUCUCAGGUUACAGGCGUAAUGAAUAUAGUUCAUCACCACCUACAAGAGGGGAAUCGGUUAAUUAUUCCCGGGGUCUUCAUGGACGGUGGGACAGUCGCUCUAGUGGAAAGAGUGAUAGAGACAGUGAUACCCAAUCUGAUUUGGACUCUGAUCAUGGACGACGCCAUGGUAGUCAAUCUCGGCGUUCUUGGCAAGGUCCUGAGCAUGAUGGGCUUCUGGGGAGUGGUUCUUUUCCUCGACCAUCUGGAUUUACAGCAGGAGCUUCUGCACCAAAGUUUCGAGCUAAUGAUCAAUACCAUUUGAAUAGAAGUAAUGAGCCAUACCAUCCACCCCGCCCUUAUAAGGCUGUACCUCAUUCAAGGAGGGAAACUAAUGACUCGUUUAAUGAUGAAACAUUUGGCUCCGCCGAGUACACUAGUGAAGAUAGGGCAGAAGAGGAAAGAAAAAGAAGAGCUUCCUUUGAGUCAUGGAGGAAGGAACAACGAAAGGCAUCCCAGGAGAAGAAGAUUAAUCCAGAAAGACGUAAAGAUGACUUUGAUAUUUCUGAAUUGCUAGUGGACUCCAAAGAUGGACCUGCAAACAGAAGCAUGGAAUCAGAUGAACCUAUUCUGGCAUCAAAUAUUGUUUCUGAAAAAUCGUCUCUUCCCAUACAAACUCCUGCUUCCAGACCACUUGUACCACCUGGUUUUGCAAGUACAGGUUUGGAGAAGAACUUUGGAACAAAAACUUCAAUGCACCCCCGUUCUUCCCAGUCUAAACAGCGUGAAGAGGAAACUUCAAGUGAGCAGAGGCUUGAAAGUAAAAACAUUCACCUUUUGGACAAUAAUAAGAGUGCAAAGGCUCUGAAUUUCUCAUCAGCUUUAGAUAAACUUAAUGAGACAAUAAGCAAGGAUUCUCAUAUAUACAAGAGUUCUAGUCUUUCAGAAGUUUUUACACCCCCAGAAAACAUUGGAGUUACUGAACUUGAUUCCAAGAAGCUGCUAGCAGAUAAAAUGUUGACUGAAACCAGCCAAGGUGGUUCAACUUCAAUCCUAAACAAGAUUUUUGGCAGUGCUGUAAUAGCAGAUGGAGGUGGCUCAACUAAUUUCACUGAGCCUAAUGAUAGCAAUGCUGAUGAGACAUGGUCCCUUGACAGUUCCCAUUCUUCUAAGUUUGCUCAUUUGUUUCUUGAUGAAGAGAAGAAAUCAAUGGAUGAUCUCUCUCCUCACAGGCCAAAAGACUUGCUCUCAUUAAUUCAGGGUAGUGAGAAAGGUAGUUCUAAUGAUAGGAUGGUUACUAAGCAUGUUCCAUUUCAAAUCUGUGAACUUGGGGACAGGCAUGUUAGAUCAAUUUUGACGUCUACAGGAGUUGUGAACUCUGAGCAAUCAUGGAAUAUUAAUGAUGUCAAUAACUCAGCAGUGGUUCCAGCAGUACUUACAUGUGAGGAUCUUGAAAAGUCAAUUCUGUCGGAAAGCACUGAAAAUAAUCCGAGUUCGCCUCCUGUUGAAAGAUGGAAAAUUCCUGAUGCCGAAUGUGAGAAGCAAGAAGUUAAUGUCAACAAUCAUGCAUCCCAGCACCUUCUUUCAUUAUUACAAAAUAAAACCAGUACGAACACUAUAGUAUCAUCUGCCAAUCAUGACAUCAGAUCUUCAGAAAGGGUGCAAGCUACUGAAACACCGACUGGUGACAUGGCACCUUGUCAUUCGAUAGACACAAAUGCAGAAAAUGCUUCUGGUUCAGGGAAGAGUCUAACUCUUGAAGCACUUUUUGGAAGUGCUUUCAUGAAGGAACUGCAAUCAGUUGGAGCACCACCUUCUGUUCAGAGGGGUUCAAUAGAGUCUGCAAGAGUUGAUGUAUUCGAAUCUAACAGGCUUCCCCUUAAUGUCGCAGAUGAUAGUCUCCUUCCUUCCACUGAUAACAUUGGGUCAAACAGAACUAAUUUUGAAAAAAAUGUUUUCCCAUUUACUCAAAUAGAACAAAUGAAAUCUCAUGGAAUUGAAGGGCAUUUGUUAGGCUUUAAUGGUGAUCCAUCUGCAGUGGAUUCGUCACAUCUCCGAGCUGGAUUAGGAUCUAAACUUGGUGGCUUUGACGGAUCAUCUGAAAUUGGGCUUCCCAAAGAGGAUGAUUUGCUUGGUGUCAGUAAACCCGUGGAACUCCAGAAUUUCCUGACUGGUAGUGUAAAAGCAAAGUUAUUUCCCUCCCAAGAUACAUCUAAUGGUGUAGCUGAGAAACUAGCAGCUUUAAAGGCCGUCUUCCAGGAUGACAGACUUGUUGAAGGAGGGAAAGAAGGUCCACCUUUUCUUCCCGGGCCCUAUGAUAUGAAGGAGCCAGAUAUUCCAUUUCGUAACCAAAAUAUUCAUGCGUCUUCUCCACACAUUCAUCCUCAGUUGAAUCAUGGAGGUCCUUUGUUUCAUUCAUUAGAUUCACAUCCUUCUAACAUCGGUUCUCAGAUGAAGUUCAUGGCUCCACAAGGCAUCAUCCAUCAUGAUGCCCCACUAAAUCAUCAAUUUCCUGCAACUAUGCUUCGUCCUGUCCAUCACCCUAGCAGUGGACUAACGGGAUUUGAUCCUCCAAUACAUCAUACUAUGUUACAGCAAAUGCAGAUGCCUGAAAACCUCCCUCCACCGAAUCUGCAACGAGGAUUUCCUGGUGUUGCACAGCUGCCACCUCAUUCAAAUAAUGGGAUGACUGGUAUGCUACCAGAAUUAAAUCCGAUGCAUGGUUUUCCAUUGGGGCAUGGUCACCGGCAGCACCAACCCAACUUUGCUGGUCCUGAGAUGCCUCCGGGUCAUGACGUUGGCAGUGGGAGUCAUCAUCCGGAGGCAUUGCAGAGGCUUAUUGAGAUGGAACUCAGAUCAAAGUCAAAGCAGAUUAGCCCUUUUGGUGCAUCCGGGCGUAGCCAAGGCCAAGGGAUUUAUGGUCACGAGCUAGAUAUGGGUUUUCAGUAUAGGUAAUGGCUCUUAGUUGUGGUUUUGGCUUAUUCCCAAUGGAUUGUUUCUCUCCGAGAAGUGAUUACGGGUUUGAUGUUCUUAUUUCUGGAGGGAUUUCUCUGGCCCACUGUAUUUAAAAUGAUCAUUAUCACACUUAAAAUUGGCAUUUUGGUUGCAAUUGCCCCUUUGUUUUUUC